AUGACUGUGAGCAGCCUGAGGGCAGAAGCGCGGCUCCCGAGGCCUGCCCCCCAGCGCUCAGCACCACUUCCGGCCCAGCUGCGCAGCCUCAGGAGCGAGUCACUAAACGGACACACGUGGGGGCCUGGGUCAUCAGAGAAGCUGGAUGGAGAAAGACCCUGUAACAGCCAGUACCGGGGCCCCAGACUACACAUGACAGCAUCUCGGACCAUCUUAGACCCUCUAGUCCCAGCAUUGAAAGUCCUGUUGACCCGGCUAGGCGGGAGAUCCGUGACCCACAGACGACCCCAAGGAUGGGCUGGGGGCUGCGAGGGGAGCUCCUCUGGAUCAAGCUACAGUGAAAAAUGUUUCAGAAAGGCAAAAAAUGACAACAGUUGUAGCAGUUCCCAAAGUAGUGAGAUCAGUACUAAGAGCAAGCCUGUAGACUCUAGCCUCUGGGGCCUUUCUCGAUCCAGCGCUAUUGCCAGCCCCGAUACAGAUUCCACCGAAAGCUCAGGACAAAGCGGCAGCGCCUCAGACACCUGUGCAGAAUUUGAAAUAAAAUAUGCCGGUGCCAUCGAGAUGCUGAAAGUCUCCGAAGGCAAAAGCCUCGAAAGGCCGCUUGACCUGAUCAAUUAUAUAGAUGUUGCCCAGCAAGAUGGAAAGUUGCCCUUUGUUCCUAUGGAGGAAGAAUUUAUUAUGGGAGUUUCCAAGUAUGGUAUAAAAGUAUCGACGUCAGAUCCGUAUGACAUCCUCCACAGGCACGCCCUCUACUUAAUCAUACAGAUGGUGUGCUAGGACCCUGGUCUACGGGCAGGCAGGAGCCUGCUGGCUCUGAAGACCACCAACAUAAGCAACAAAGAAUACAGCCUGUGGGUUUAUCAGUGCAACAGCCUGGAACAAGCACAAGCAAUCUGCAAAGUUGUAUCCACCACUUUCAACUCCGUAUUGACAUCUGAGAAGCCUUGA